AUGACUGGCAAGCCUUCAGGUAGCUCGGUGAUCUUCAACGUUCGCGCAGAGACAAGCUUUGGUGACAGACUUGUGGUGGUCGGAAAUGGCGAUGCUUUAGGCAACUGGAAUCCCUGGGAAGGGAGCGUUGAACUUUCCACCACUGAGAAGGACUAUCCCCUCUGGAAGUCAGGAGCAAUUGAGCUCUCAACAAGCACAGAGUACAAAUAUGUUCGAUUGAGCGGAGAGGGUGAUGUUGCCUGGGAAUUUGACGGUGGAAAUCGAUGCGUUUCUACGGACGAAUUAAACAAAUCUUCCAUUGUGGUGGACGAUGGCUUUUUUGGUGAGUUGAUUGGAGAACACCUUGCGUACCCUCAGGCUCUUUCUCAAAGCGUCACGCGUGGAUCCAACUUCAACAUUGAAGCUUCACCUGGGGCUUUGAGAUUGGCCGUGGUGGGUGAUGAUGCAGCGACUGGUCAUGGAGCAGCCGACUACAAUGGCUGGGCUGCGCAAAUGGGCAAAAUGCUGCAUGAAGAAUUUGGAUAUGGCUUUUACAACUGUGCUGAGAUGGGCUUGUCAAUUCAGGAAGCCUUCAAGAGAGGCCUCGCACAUAUGCUUCCAAAGCCAGCUCCAGAGGUGGUGGUCAUCUCUUUUGGCCUGGAAUUGCGAUGGCUGGCAAACUGUCCAGAUUGGGACAGAGAGACUAUCUACGACAAUACCAUCAAGGCCAUGAGUGGAUUGGUGGCCCAAGCCUGGGAUUUGGCUAUUGUGCCAGUAUUUGCUGGUUUGUGCCCUCACAAUGGCUUUAAGAAAGAACAGGCGGAGCUUUUGCGAAGAGCUGAUUCAGAAAUGAAGAAGCAGGGAGCUGCAGUCCUUGAUUGGUUGUAUGCGCUCAGCCCGGGUGGCGACAAAUUCGGGACAUGGGCGGAAGGCUUGGCCUGCAGCUCCUUGUGCCCGAGCACACUUGGACACCAGCGAAUGUUCUCCUGCAUCGACAAGAAUAUAUUUGAACCCUUGAAGGUCCGAGAUCUCCUGCAAAAGAGAAAAGCAGAGCUCGACGAAAUGUGGCGCCUUUGCUUCAAAGAUGGAAGGGGUCUAGAAAUCCACUACUGCUCUGCUCGGAAGGAGCUCAAAGUUGACAACUCCACUGCAGACGAGUACGAUCUGAACCCUGGAUGGGGUGACAUGCAAACCAGCCUCGCUGCCAUCUUCUGGGAGGCUCCCUGGACACUUCGAAGAGGCCUCUACGUGAGACUGGAUGACAUUCCGAAUGCCGCCUUUUCGCUCUACAUAGGUGAAUCAGGGACAAUUCAGUCAUGCGGCAAGAUUCCAGCUAAGAGCACUGUGAAACUGCGAAUGUUGGACAGGGAUCUGAAAUCUCUGCCAGCAGGGAGCACUGCUUUGUUUCGUGACGACAAUCUACAAGUGGUUAAAACUGCAAAGGGCAGUCUCCAAAUCUUCAACCAAGCAUCAUGUGAGUACAAUGUGCAUCCUAUGUGGUAUGAUGUGCGACAAGCGACCAAAGCCAUGCAACAUGGUGUUUACGAAGAUUCAUCAGGACUGGCCUUCCGCACUGCCAUCAUAUCCUGCCAUGGGCUCCAGUCGCGGGUCAAGGUGCCCGCCAGGUCCGCAGUGGAGCUGAGCCGAGUCGGUGACUUGCAAUCCAUCAAACAGGUAGCAGUGCUCCCGCUUGGCGAUCGAUGCUCUACUCGAAUGCUCCUGCACAAGAUUGAAUUUGAUGGACCUUGCUAUCCAUUUGAUCUCACCAGAACCACCAGCCUGGCGGAUGUUGCCGACAUGGCAGCUACUGGCUUUUCAGAUAUGUGGAACCCAGAGCAAUUAUACUACGAUGGCGAAGUUGGAAGAAUUUUUCAUCGCAAGUGGCAUGGGCUGUCCUUCGCUCAUGAAGUGGAGUAUGAGCAGGGUGAAGAUCCCAUAGGCAACUUUGCACCCAUUGCAGAAAGGAUGAGGAAGAGGUACACUGGCAGAGCUGCCCGUUUCAACUGGGCCUGCAAAAACGCCGAUAGCGUGUUGUUCGUUCGAACUGGUGUUGCCUCGAGAGCAGAAGUUUGUGACUUGUUGUCAAGAAUGACAGAGCGCUUCCCUGGUCUUCCCGCAAAGCUGCUUCUGAUCUCAGAGCAAGAAACGUCAGAGUUCAGCGGCUUGGAGAGUGUGACGCAUAUUCGAGAAAGCUUCGAUCCAGACAGGAUGUACGAAGAUAUGAACUACUGGAUCAACUGUGCGCAUCGAUUUAGAGGGAUUCUGGAAGGAGUGGGAAUCACAGCCAAAAAUCUCUACUGGUGCCCGAAUGAUCUCAAAGAAGCAGAGAAGGAGAUCAAAGCGGCCGCAGCCGAGAAAGAUGGCAAGAAAGCAGAAGCUCCUGAAGAGACACCCGUACAGGAGGUACAGGAAAUACAGGAAUCAGAAGAAGGCUACAAGCCAGGGAAGUUGACGCACGAGAUUGCUAAGUUUUCUCACGCCAACUUGUACGAGCUCCAUCAGGACAAGGCGAGAAUUGGCAACCUCAUCAAGGUCCUGGCAAAAGAACGACGAGACAAGGAAGACCUGAGAGAGAAGCUGGGACAACAGGCUUCCCGCCUGCAGGACCUAGAAAGAGAGCGCGAAGUCAGUCAACAGAAGGAAGCGGAGCUGGUGGCCCGUGUGACGCGCUCUGUCGAUUUGCUUCGAACCUACCAGUUGGAAGCCUCAAGUCGCAAGCAAGGCACGAAUGAGAGUUCCGAAGAGGCUGAAAUAGUCAGGCUAUCGCCAGAACUCCCACCCUUGCCGCAGCUGCAUCUGUGGCGCCCGCAGGUGGAAGAACCAGAAGAGGCCAAAGAAAGUGGAGACCCUUCGAACGAUCUCCGAUCUGCAGACCCAGUUCCAUCUGAGGCCGUUGAAAGUGCUCGGCAACCUGCGAACUUCGAGAAGGUCUUUGCGCUCAAACCUCCACAGCUUUCGGUACUGCAGCGCUAUCUCUCUAUCCAGGAUAGUCCCACUCAGUGCCACUCAGGGGAGAGGCAAACCGCAGCGGUGCAGACGGCUCCGCCUGACCUAGCUGCCCGCAGUGUCAGCAUGUCGCCCAAGAGAUUGAAAAUGAACGGCUCCUUUGUCAGCCCAGGCAAAAGGCCCAAAGCCAAGUACGAAGAGGAAAGAUGUCACGAACAGGAAAGAUACCAAAGAUUGUCACAAGGUUUGUCACACGGAGACCAAAGGCUGGACCAAAGAGAUCAAGGAUUCUAUGAAGGAUGCCAAGGAUACCAAAGACUUCGCCUUGGGCGGCGACACUGCAGAUGGGCACAAUCGAAAGCGCGGGUGCCAGCGAAGGCGUCUGGUGUGAAGCUGGAUGCAUCUCACUCUCCUGCUCGGUCAAGACAAAGCUCUGAGAUGGGAGCAAGAGUGCGAAAUGCAUCAGCGGAUUCACGGUUGAUGAGGACAUUGGAUGUUCCUUCAGAGCCUUUGUUGGGCUCCCCUUUGGCGACAAGCUCGGUGAGGCAGUCCAUGAGGAAAAGCCCAGGAAUCAGCCUCGAAAGCCUCAACCACUGGCCUGCACCACUUCGACUUGAAAGUUGCUACGCCCCAAAUAUGUUUGACGUGAUUGACUCUUUGGAACCUGGCUCACGUGUUGAGUCUAUGCAUGAGAAGAUUUCCAAGCCUUCUUCAAUUUCGGAGGAGCUUCGCCGGUUGCAGCGGGAGCUUGUCUCAAUCCAACACAAAAUAUCGCAAGGCCCAUCGUGGGGCUCAGUGCUGGAUGACACGGUUAGGACCCAGGCCUGGAAUGAAGACUCCCCGUGCGAACGAGAGGCCUCUGCUUUCACAGAGCCGAAUGCUUUCCCAAGCUUGGGGCAUUGGAAACCACUCGAGACAGAGGAGUCGCAGGAAUUGUCGCAAGAGAUCGAUGAUGUCCUGACUUUACUUCAAACUAUGAAGUCCAAAGAUGAGAGAAAAGAAACUUGUGAAUUUCUGUGA